GUGCGUAAACUCCAGCGUAUAGUGUGGCAUCUGAAUCGUUCCACACAGGUCUUUCGCUGGAACAUAUUGUUCUCUCCCACGCAGUCACAUAAAUAAAACAAACUUCUUCUCUUUACUCACUGCGAUCAGAUCGCUAAAUUUUUGUAACCCUUAUUUAUUGCAUUUUCUUUUGCAUUUUUCAUUCAAACCUAACCCUCUAAUUUUUGGAAUAAAUUUGUCUCUGCCCUAAAAUCAUCAUUCGCUGCUAUCUAUGGCCAUGAUCGGUAACCUCCAAUCAUCCAAUAACCUUCAAUCACGACGGCUUCCCGUCUCUUCUCCGUGGAACCAGGUUGUUUGCGGUGAAUCGGAGUCUGUUGCCACUGCUCUUUCAUUGCCGCCGACGGAGGACCAUUUUCCGUCCGCAACCACUCCGGUUGAUGAUUCUUGCUCAACCGCAGAGAGCUCCGACAACGGCGGUGAGCCCAAUGGAGGAACUGCUAAGAGGCCUGUUUGGAAUAAGCCUUCUUCCAACUGCGCAGCUUCCGAGGUUCGGCCGGUCAUCGACGCACACUCUUGGCCAGCGUUGUCUGAGUCCGCUAGAGUUACUACCAAAUCGGAGCCAUCGAAGGGCUUGUUAGAUGGAUCUUCUGUUCCUCAAUCGCAGGGUAUGGGAAGCAUGCCUUCUUCCUCUUCGCAGAGACAAGUAGGUGAUAAUGUAAGCGUAAACAAUAUGGCACCAAUUCGCCAGAAACCAAUCAAACACAACAGUUCAAAUGCAUCUUCUAAUGGGGGCCAGUCGCAGCAGUCUGCACCCCAAGUUUCAACAGCAGCAACGGGAUCCCACAACUCCUCUUCCAAAGAUCAUAUACAGAGAAGUGGAUUUGUGUCCAAUGAUCAUCCACAACAGCGCAAUUCAUUUAGAAAUCGUAAUGGUGGUCCAAAUCAGCGCGGGGAUGGUGCUCACCAUCAUAAUUAUGGUAACAGGCGGGAUCAAGACUGGAAUAGUCGUCGAAAUUUCAAUGGUAGAGACAUGCAUGUACCCCCAAGAAAUGUUCCAAGAAUUUUAAGGCCAUCUCUGCCUCCUAAUUCUGCGCAGUUUAUUCCUCCACCGCCAAUGAGGCCUUUUGGUAGCCACAUGGGAUUCCACGAACUAGCACCUCCAGUGGUAUUUGUUGCAGCUCCACCUCCAUCCCCAGAUUCACUAAGAGGUGUUCCCUUUGUGCCACCAAUGCCUCUUUAUUUUGCAGGGCCAGACCCUCAGUUGCAUAGUAAGAUAGUCAUACAGAUUGACUACUAUUUUAGCAAUGAAAAUUUAAUUAAAGAUACAUUCUUGCGGCAGAACAUGGAUGACCAGGGCUGGGUUCCAAUAAAAUUAAUUGCAGGCUUCAAAAAAGUCAUGCAUUUGACUGACAAUAUCCAGCUUAUAUUAGAUGCAGUUCGAACUUCAUCAGCUGUUGAAGUGCAGGGUGACAAAAUAAGGAGGCGAAAUGAUUGGAAGAGAUGGAUCAUGCCUACUCCUGUUCAGUUUCCUAAUGUUAACACUCCUGUAGUGUUGAACCAAGACGUGCUGGCAGAGCAAGUGCACAAUAUUGCUCUGGAGAAAACUAUCAAUGAUGGUGCAGGAGGACCAGUUGUUCUGCCAGAUAAGUCUCAACAUCAACCUGCAUUUGGGGAAAGUACUGGUCAACUUGGUCUUCAUGGCUCAGAUCACUCUAUUUCAGCGAGAAAUUAGAGCUGCAGAUGUGCUUUGGCACUCUGGUUUUUUGGGAGAGACUUUAAGAGUUAAGGAAAACAAUGGAAGCAGGUAUCUAAAAAUCAUCUCAGUUUUUUGCAAAUGAUGUCUCACGAGACAUAUUUAGUGUUAACAUGAUUGAGGAAUGGGAAGAAAAUAACUAUUACAAAAAACAAAAACAAGACUAAAUGGUAAGUUCAAUCCCCCUUCCCUCAAAAAAAUGAAAAAAAAAUGGUGUUUUAUUUUUUUUAUUUUUAUUUUCGGUUAUUGUGGAGCUAGUUGCACAACUAUUGUGAUUACUUGUUUUUUGGGAUAUAAAUAUAUAUGUUCUUAGACUUGGGGGAUGAUGAUUUUGUUUGCUUGAAUUCGCUGGAUAAUUUUUUAUUUGUGUUGUUUCCCGACUGCCCCUCAGCUGCUUUUUAUAAUCUGGGGUCAGCUUCCCACCAGUUUUAGGUGUUUUAUAUUAUUAGUUCAGUAGUGUUGUAUGUUGAAUCUGUCUGAUAACUACCUGCUACCACUGAGGGAAGAUGAAAUGUGGCUUUCUGCUGGUUGAUCUUCUCUUAGGACCACAUGAAACAAUGAUUGCUUGAUGUCCCUUGCUGUA